UGAUUCUUUUUUUGCGCGAGCGUUGAUGUCUGAUCCACUCGAUCGAUUCGCUAGGCCUUGCUUGGAAGGGAUUUCGGGUAGUGACGAGAGGAGAGAGAGAAAAUCUGAUUUGGAGAACUCAGAGGAUGAAAGACGUUCAAAAAUGGGAUCCUUGAAAAAGAAAGCUCUAAAUGCAUCUACUAGAUUCAAACAUACUCUCAGGAGGAGUAGAAGGAAAAGUGGUGGCCGUGUCAGCUCAUCCAUCGAGGAUAUUCGUGAUUUUGAGGAGCUUCAGGUAGUCGAUCAAUUUCGACAAGCAUUGAUUAUGGAGGAUUUGCUUCCUGAAAAGCAUGAUGACUAUCACAUGAUGUUGAGGUUCUUGAAAGCAAGGAAAUUUGAUAUAGAUAAAGCUAAACACAUGUGGGCAGAUAUGCUCCAAUGGAGGAAGGAGUUUGGUGUUGACACCAUCAGGGAGGAUUUUGAGUUUACAGAGUUGGAUGAGGUUUUAAGGUAUUACCCUCAUGGUUAUCAUGGUGUUGACAAGGAGGGAAGGCCUGUGUAUAUUGAAAGAUUGGGAAAAGUUGAUCCCAACAAACUCAUGCAAGUUACAACCUUGGAUCGGUAUGUAAAAUACCAUGUCCAGGAAUUUGAGAAGGCCUUCAGUGUAAAGUUUCCUGCUUGUACAAUUGCUGCAAGGAGGCACAUUGAUUCAAGCACCACAAUUUUAGAUGUCCAUGGUGUGGGCUUUAAGAAUUUUACCAAAUCUGCAAGGGAACUGAUUAUGCGGUUGCAGAAGAUUGAUGGUGACAACUACCCUGAGACGCUUCACCAAAUGUUUAUCAUCAAUGCUGGACCUGGGUUUAGGCUUCUGUGGAAUACUGUGAAGACAUUUCUGGAUCCCAAAACAACUUCAAAGAUCCAUGUUAUUGGAAACAAGUGCCAGAGCAAAUUGCUCGAGAUUAUUGAUGUCAGUGAAUUGCCAGAAUUUCUGGGCGGUAGCUGUACUUGUGCAGAUCAGGGAGGUUGCCUUCGCUCUGAUAAAGGGCCUUGGAAAAGUCUCGAAAUAUUGAAGAUGGUUCUUAAUUCUGAGGCACGAUAUCCUAGACAAGUCGUAAAAGUUUUAAAUAGUGAUGGGACAGUUAUUGCUUAUGCUAAGCCACAUCUUCCAGUGUUGAAAGGUAGUGAUACAUUCACGGCUGAAUCUGGAUCGGAAGUUGAAGAUAUCACAUCCCCAAAAGCAAUGAAGAACUACUCACAGCUUAGGCUGACCCCUGUUCAUGAAAUUAAGGUUGUUGGGAGAACAAGCCAUGCUGGUAACUUCUCAGGCUAUGAUGAAUAUGUUCCAAUGGUUGACAAAACUGUUGAUGCUAGUUGGAAUAAACAAACCUCCCUCCUGAUGCCUUCUGGUUCCAGAGGUGCAUUAACAUUGCCUGAAAUUCCUCAUAACCCAGAAGGAAUUCGAGCUCGGGUUUUGCCGACUCUUAUGGCUUUUUUCAUGACAUUUUACACUCUGCUGCACUCAGCAGCCUUCAAUAUAACCAGAAAUCUUCCUGGCACAUUUUCUGGUACCGAACUUACCCUUGACACAGCUCAAAGGGAAGCGCUUCCCCCAUCUCCAACUCUUCCUUCUCAGGCAGAUGUACUAUCUUCUGUGCUCAAGAAGAUGGUUGAGCUUGAGGAGAAAGUUGAUACAUUACAAGCAAAGCCAUCUGAGAUGCCUCAUGAGAAGGAGGAAUUGUUGAAUGCUGCUGUAUGUCAUGUUGAUGGCGAAGAAGCAGAGCUAAUCGCUACCAAGAAGGCUCUUCACGAGGCUUUGAUGAGGCAAGAAGAACUUCUUGCUUACAUAGACAGUCAAGAAGAAGCCAAACUUGGGGUAUGGAAUUUCUCUUGUUUAUUGUAGAUUUUCUGGGUAAUAAUUUUUUAUGGUAUUUCCUA